AUGGUGAUGUGCAAUUUCCGCCACACUUCACAUUGUGGCUUUCCGCCGGUCUUGGUACUGUCGGGCGUAAAACCUAAUGUCCGGCUCUGUGGUGCGGAAGUUAGCGCCGAAAAGCUGGUUGUGUAUUCUGGCGUCGGCAUGCCAUUGCCUCUCCACAUCCGGGCCGACUCUAAACGGGGUAUGGUCUGUUGUAAAACAUGGGUCUGGGGCGGGGCAGCGGCGGACGGCUUCGUCAACGCGUUCGAACUCGGGAUGAUAUUCAGCUGA